AUCUGACAAGAAGAGCAGAGGCUGCAAGAAUUUACAUACUCGACCACUUCAAACAUUCUAGGCGCCUGUUUCGGUGUUGCGAUGCACCUGACGUGAAAUGCUGACAACGUUCUUGACCCUCAAUCUUAUAUGCCGAGACAAGUCUGGUAUUUCUAAAUAUGUAGUCAAAAAGUCUGUUUCAUUCAAUCCCCUACCACGGACCUCGACUCACUCCCGUUCCUCUUAACCUUACCCUCACAUAACGUUCUCGUCAGUCUUCUAACCUUUAUUUUCCUAGAAACCUUUCCUUCAUUUUCCCAAGAUGUCGAUCACUGCAGCUCUCCCCACCAAGUUCAUCCUCCCUGACCUCGUCUCCCACUGUGAUUUCAAGCUACGCAUGAACCGUCAUCACAAACAAGCUACUGUUGAAUCAAAGCGGUGGCUUUUUCGUGGAGACAACCUCAGCCAAAAGUCGCGCAAGGCGAUUCAUGGGCUCAAGGCUGGUCAUCUCACAUCCAUGUGCUACCCAGAUGCGGGAUUCCCUCAGCUUCGCGUCUGCUGCGAUUUCAUGAACUAUCUCUUCCAUCUCGACAACCUCUCAGACGACAUGGACAAGGCUGGAACCAAAAACAUUGCAAAUGUUGUGCUGAACUCGCUUUAUCACCCGUACGACUACUACUCGCCCGCCCGAUUGAAUAAAAUGACCAAGGACUUCUACAAGCGUAUGCUUCCUACCGUCUCUCGUGGAACGAGCAGACGCUUUAUAGAGACAAUGGAUUUAUUCUUCCAAGCUGUGCACGUGCAAGCUAUCGACCGCACAAAGGGCAUCAUUCCUGACCUCGAGUCUUAUAUCUCCCUACGUCGCGAUACUAGCGGAUGUAAGCCCUGCUGGGCACUCAUCGAAUACGCUAACAAUCUCGAUAUACCCGACGAAGUCAUGGAGCAUCCGAUCAUUCAGAGUCUCGGCGAGGCCGCCAACGACUUGGUUACUUGGUCAAAUGACAUCUUCUCCUAUAACGUGGAACAGUCAAAAGGGGAUACCCACAAUAUGAUAUCUGUCGUCAUGCACCAGGAGUGCCUCGACCUCCAGUGUGCCGUCGACUUCGUCGGCGAGCUCUGCAAGCAGUCUAUCGACCGUUUCAAUGAAAAUCGCGGGCUUAUUCCUUCCUGGGGUUCCAAAAUCGACAAGGAUGUUGCAAUAUACGUCGGCGGUCUUGCAGAUUGGAUUGUCGGAAGUUUGCAUUGGUCGUUCGACACUACCCGGUACUUUCAGAACUCCGGUCGUGAAGUUAAACGGACUAGGGUUGUCAGUCUCUUUCCUCGAAGCAAAUGAUUCUUGGAGCAAUGUUUCAGCGCUGCUGCCGGUUGGCAGCUCUCCACACUCUCUAAACACUGGUAGACUUGGUACUUGGGAGCUGUCUCUUCACAUUCCUUUAGAUCAUUUUCCUGGACAUUCAAAGUAUCCACUGUCGCAGCUGGUCGGCUCCCCACACUCUUUUCAGAACGGGAAACACUCGUAGUGUCUAACACUCAAGUUUCUGGACUCACCUAUCGUUUCACAUUCC